AUGGAAGAGGGAAGUGGUGAGGAGCAGGAGAAGGAUUGGGGCAGAGCCGAGGUUUUCAGUGAUGGAGGGCAGGAAGGAUGGCUGGUGCAGGUUAAGGAAGUAGUGGAGAUAUCUGAAGAAUUUCAUCGGAUCAGCAAAGACCUCCUGGGGACGUUCGGUGCAGCCUUUGACAAACAUGUGCCUUGCCUGCUGAAACUGUACCGGGCUAGGAAGGGAGCUUUUGGACAGAAGAUGGAAGACUUCUUGGAAACAUUUGAUGAACAAACAUCCGACAUUGUGUCUCACCAAAAGACAGCAGCACUGAGAGGCCUGCCCAUUUUUGUCCGAGAUGACACAACCAAGUUUCUUCUGGAGUGUUUGGACACUGACCAUGAAGAACGAUUGCUCAGAGGUGUGUCUGUGGCCAUCCUCACCGUCAUUGAAGAUGAUGAUGCCGCCAUAUCACCAAAUGUGCGAGACGUGGCUGUUGUGUUGGAAGGGACCAUUGUACUGCAUGACCUACCAGACCUCUCUACUGCCUUUGCAUACCUCUUUGGCCUACUUUAUGCAAUGAACAUGGAUUUUCCAAAGGAGAUGAGGUAUACCUUUGAAGCCAUUCAGACUAUCUUUUAAGAGCUUGGCUCU